AAACAGACGGUGUGUCCUGCGCGAGCCGCCGUACCGCUCCCCUCUGACGGCUAAUGGCCGAACUGUGGAGCUGCUGCUACAGAUAUAGAUUUAAUUUUUAUAAGAAGUUAAUGGAAUAAACACAGAAAUCCAGGCUCAGGUAUGAGUGAUAUACGCCACGCCCUCAUGCGGCGAGACCCGCUGAGCGCAGCUAAGGAGGUUCUGUACCACCUGGACAUCGCCCUGGGGAGCUCGCUGCAGACCGGACCGGGCCUGGACAAGAACACGGUGGAGCUGGUGGAGGAGUUCAUCUUCCACGUCCCGAAGGACCGGAGCUCACAGCGCAAGAGGAUGAGCUGUGUUCAGGAGCUGCAGCUGUUGGAGAUCAUGUGCAGUUACUUCCAGGAGCAGAGUAAGGACGCGGUGAGGCAGGUCAUCUUCUCGGCGCUCUUCAGCCUGCAGGGGAACAAAGCGGACGAGAGCCGCAUGGCCACGCUGGGCAAACUGGUGUCCAUGGCGAUCGCCGUGUGCCGCGUGCCCAUCCUGGAGUGCGCCGCCACGUGGCUGCAGCGGACUCACUCUGCGUGGUGUGUGCGUUUGGCGUUGGUGUUGGUGGAGGAUUACUGCACGCUGGUGCCCGGCUCCAUCAGCACACUGCAGAACGUCUGCUCCGCCUCCCCGCGCUUCUGCUGCCAGCUAAUCACCGCCGUCACCGCGCUAUACGACUUCUCCUCAGAGGAGUUAACUCCGCCCCCCUCGCUGCUGGAGAUGGUGGUUGGUUGGAUCACAGAAGACCCCAGGCUGCUCCUGCUGACCUUCAUUAACACACCACUGAGCUCCAGUCUGCCCCUGGGAUGUCUGGAGGUGACGCCCCUCGCAGGUCUGCUGUGCUGGUGCGUGAAGGCGCCGCUCGCGUCACACAGAGCCCGCAAGUCCGCACCGGAGCAGGAGACCACGCCCACGUGCGAUGAGCUGUACUCCAAACUGCACCUGAGUGUUCUCCAGGUCUUUCUCAUGUUACAGGUCCACCUGACGGAGCAGAACCUUCUCGGGCGUCUGGGCGUGCUGCAGGCGGAGUCGGUGGCCGCGCUCGUGGAGGAAGUGAGCGUUCUGGUGGAGGAGCUCAACACGCUCCACGCCGCCAAUCACAUCCAGCUGGCUCUGGAUAGGCUGGCCCAGGCCCUGCAGGUUGCCAUGGCGACCGGAGCGCUGCUGUGUUCCAGAGAGGACCUGAGGGCGCUGUGCUCCAGACUGCCUCAUAACAAUAUGUUACAGCUGGUGAUGUCGGGUCCGGUGGUUCCACACGGAGCGGCGUUCCAGCCCAGCGUGUAUCCCUACAUGCUCCAUGCCCGCCCCACCCCGCUCUCGCCUCACCCCGCCCUGUCCCCCCUCCCCACACACCCAGCCCUCAGCACGCACCACCAGCUCACACCACACACGGCGCACUCGCCGCUGCCGCCUCCGCACGCCUUCCAUCCCGCCUCCAUGGCCUUCCAGUACCGCCCCAUCCGCUGAGCUCCGCCCCUGACCCCACAACAGGACCCAUGUGGUUUUAUACACCCCGUCGUCAGAGUUCAGAUCCCACUUUAGUCAGCACAAGUCAGUGUUUAAUGACGCUUUUCUUUUCUGCCUCACGGUUGUCUUGAUGAAACAAGUUUGUAAAAAUCUAAAUGUAAAUAUUUUCCCGGAUGCUGUGAAGUCUGUUAGAAAGAGAGAGUUUUUUUUCCCUCUUUGUGGUUUUUAUAUGAUGAAAAUUAAAAUCAGCACCAAAGCUGACAAAAGCAUCACAGUACAGAUUUUGUAUAAGAAUUAUGUUCAAUAAAACUCACUUUUCUGUGUUUAUUUA